CCGAUAUUCUGUCCGACCCGCAGACAUCGACUAUCAGUCGGCGCCAUCGGGUGUAUCUGACGGCCAGAGGUACCAGGCAGCCAUGAAUGCGGAAUCGUUGGACGGACGGUUAUUAUUCGCAAUCCCUAAGAAAGGGAGAUUGCACGAAAAAUGCAUGGAGCUCCUGGCUGGUGCUGAUAUCCAGUUUCGAAGGCAUCACAGAUUAGAUGUGUGUCUCGUCAAAAACCACCCCAUGGCCCUGGUCUUCCUCCCCGCCGCGGACAUCCCGUCCUUCGUCGGCAAAGGUAACGUCGACCUCGGCAUCACAGGACACGACGUGAUCCUCGAAGCGAAGAUGGAGGAGCACGUCACGGAGGUCCUGCAGCUGAACUUCGGCAAGUGUGCGCUGCAGGUGCAGGUGCCCGAGGCGGGGUCGAUCAAGAGCGUCGAGGAUCUGGCGGGAAAGCGCGUCGUCACGAGCUUCGAGGUGCUGGCGGGGGAGUACUUCUCGAAGGUGGAUGACCGCUUGCAGCUUGCGGGGGAGAGCCGUACGAAGAUUGAGUAUGUGAGCGGGAGCGUGGAGGCGGCUUGUGCCCUUGGACUUGCGGACGGAAUCGUCGACCUUGUCGAAUCCGGCGACACGAUGCGCGCAGCAGGUCUGCACGCCAUCGCCACCGUCCUCCAGUCCGAAGCCGUCCUCAUCAAAGCCAACUCACCCAAGCGCACCGAGCACGCGUCGCUCAUCAACCUCAUAACCUCGCGCAUCGCGGGCGUCGUCGCCGCCGGCCGGUAUGUCAUCUGCGAGUACAACAUCCCGCGCGAGAGCCUGGCCAAGGCGACCGCGGUCACGCCUGGGCGCCGCGCGCCGACGAUCAGCCCGCUGGAGGACGAGAAUUGGCUCGCGGUGAGCGCGAUGGUGGAGAAGGGCCGGAUGGCGGUCGUGAUGGACGAGUUGGUGGCGAUCGGGGCGGAGGACGUGUUGAUAUUUAAUUUGGAUAAUUGUAGAGUCUGAGGGACAUACGUAGAAGUUCUGGUUAAUGUAUUGUACUCUCUUGCUUCGACUGGGACCUGCCUAGGGUAGCUCUUUCGGAUGACGGUCAUCUACCCGGCUG